AACAACUUUUCCCUUAGCGAAAAUGUUGUCCGAGACUUGGUUGAGGAGAUAUUAACAGAAAACCCCGAUCAAUCAGAGCGCGAGUAUACCAUUGGAGCGGCCGUGGUAGCAAAGGCUACGAGCUAAGCGGCCGCGUCCAAUGUCCUUCGAUGCACGUCGAGUCACUUGUUCGCGUACGAGCACGGCCGUUUAGCACAUAGCCUUCGCUACCGCGGCCGCUCCAACGGUAUACGCGCGCUCUGAUUGGUCAGUGUUUUCCGUUAAUAUCUCCUCAACGAAGCCUCGGACAACAUUUUCGCUAAGGAAAAAGUUGUUUCAAAUCACCACCUGAACCACCCCUUUCAAGGUAUUACAACAUUUUUGGAACACCCUGUAUACUUAUGUGGUAAAUUUAAUAUUUAUUAUUAAAAAAUAUUUAAAACGUAAUUUAUGUAAUAUAAUAAUUUACAAUAUACGUUUUUAGAACAAUUUUUGUACUAAACAAAUGAUACCUGUUUGAAAUAAAUGAAAUUCAGAAACAAAAAAUUAUUGAUUGUUGAUAACAGGUGCUGGGCUCCACGGAUAAUGUCUGUGGAUCACUCCUUGUUUCGGGAGCCGUAUCACUUCUUCACAUUUGUGGCGCUGAUAUCAAUUUUACAAGAAUCAGUGAAGAAUACUACAUGCUGGUGCGCCGUAUUUCCGGUGGGAACAUCAAAAUCCAUAAUCGAACACGGGUUUCAAUUUGACACGUGUUACGAACAAGGCGAAGAGGACUGUCGCCAAUUGUGCAUCGCUGUGGCGAAAUCGAUGGAGGCCAGAGCGCCGGAUAUAAUUUGUGAAAAUCUGAUUACCACAAUGAAUCUAGAGGUCGAGUUGUAUUCAAAAGCCUGUAACGCAACGGCAUGGAAGUCCACGGAAUUGAAAGGAAAAAAUCGAAUCUGUUGUAUUGAGGGGAUAUCGAUACCGUGCACCGAGGAUCGAGAAUCAAUCGAUCAAUCAUUCCGAACCGCGCUUUUCGCGUAACUCCUCGAUCAGUCCUCCUUUUGAAAUUUGUCAAUAUUAGUAUUUUAGUCGAUUGUUCUUCACUAGAGCAAGAACAUAAUUUGGUAAGAAAAUGUAAUUGUGUUCUCGGAAUUUCAACCAUCAUUCAACCUUGUUAUCUGUAUUUUUGAUCAAGUUUCGUCUAGGAAUAAA